AUGGAUGACCUCGAAGACGAAUUGGAUCUUCGUUUUCACAAGGGGCUGAGUCCCGAUGUCUACUACCGCUGUCCUACGCUCGAAUCACUGGAGGGAGCUCUGCGCAAUGAGCUGGACAAGAACGCAGCCAGCUUCAUUCCCACAGACGUGGUGACCGAGUUCAUUUUUGCGACAGCCUCAACCAUCACCAUCCCCGUGACGCAGCAGCCGAGCCUUGACGCGCUCAUACAGCCAGCCGAUCACCUUCAGAGCAUUGCUGCCGAGUACGCGCUGUGUCGUGACAUUGACGGCAAAGACAGGCUCAAAGUGCAGCGAGCAGUAGCGAGAUCCAUCAUCGAAGCCAUUCAGGACACCGAUGGUUUCAAGUACUCCGAGCGCUCUGCGCAGAGUAAAGAAGGCGGUGAUGGUGCCAGGCUCAAGAAUCGCAAAAGCAACCUCAAGAAAGAAAGGUCUCACGAUAGCGACGACGACGAGGCUGGAGUCAACAAGCAGGGGCCCGCUGUACUGCCGACCUACGACUGCGGAGGCGCAAUACACAUCAAAUUCUCACUCAAGAGAGAGGCCAUAAAUGUCGUGUAUAAGCAUAAUCCUAUCCAUACCACCCGCGAGAUUGAUGCCGGCCUACCUGCCUUAGCCACAGAUAACGGCGUUGCUCCCACUGCCGCUGCUACGGAAGAAAAGGAACCGCGCAAAAGGAAACGUAGUAAAAAGAAUGUUGUUGAAGCAGACAACGACUUCGGGGACCCAGAUAUGGACAUGUCAACGUCUCCGGAAGCUCCAAGUUCAUCGACGAAGAAGAGGCGCAAGGGAAGUGGUGCCUUGGCCUCUCCUAGGACUGUGCGGAAACCAUCCACCAAGAAGAGCAAGAAUGCCAAAUCGCCUGCAUCACCCACCAAAUCGAGGAAAAAGGCGCCUGUCAGUGAACCAUCACCGCCGUCGCUACCUGCUCCUGGCAAAGCUUGCAUCCGCUGUCGCGGAAAGAAGAUCAAAUGCAACGAGGCGAAACCGACGUGCAACCAGUGCCGACGAGGACUAUGGACCUGUCAGUAUGAAGUGUUGAACAAUAAGAAGCGCUCCAAAAACGGCUGUCUUAACUGCAAGCAGAGACGACGGAAGUGUACAGAAGAAAGGCCAUCGUGCGCAUACUGCUUACGACUGGACGAUGACUGCGAAUACGCUGACUACUCCUGA